AUAUAUUCACUCAUCUUCCUCUCCAACUCUCCAAAUAAAUUAAUUCACUAUUUUUCUAUCUAAAUUUUCCCACAAUCCAAUGGCAAGGACAAUAGGCAUUGUAGGAGCAGGUAUUAGUGGCCUGUUAGCAUGCAAAUAUGCCCUUGCUAAGGGUUACCAUCCCUUAGUUUUUGAGUCUCGAAGCACCGUUGGUGGUGUUUGGACCAAAACAUUAGAAACUACAAAGCUCCAAACUUCAAAAUCAUCUUAUCAGUUCUCUGAUUUUCCUUGGCCUUCUUAUGUGGAGACACUCUAUCCUACCCAACGUCAAGUAUAUGAUUAUGUCCAAUCUUAUGCUAAGCAUUUUGAUUUACUUAAGCACAUUAGGUUUAACACCAAAGUGAUGAGUAUUAAGUAUGAAGGUCCAUCCAAUGAUGAGAUUCAAUCUUGGGAACUUUGGUGUGGUAAUGGGGACCCAUUUGGCAAUAAGGGUAAAUGGAUAAUUACUGUUCUUGAUCUUCUCAACCAACAAACCCAGACGUUGGAAGUAGAUUUUGUGAUCCUAUGCGUAGGAAGAUUUAGUGAUGUAGCAAACAUGCCGGAGUUUCCCUUAGGCAAAGGAUCAGAGAUGUUUAAAGGCCAAGUCAUGCAUUCAAUGGAUUAUUCUGGUUUGGAUUACGAAACUGCUACAAAUCUGGUUAGAGGGAAGCAAGUUGUGGUGGUUGGCUUUCAAAAAUCAGCACUUGAUAUUACUAUGGAGUGCUCAAAGCUCAAUGGAGUAGAAAAUCCAUGCACAGUAAUUUGUAGGACGCCACAUUGGAAUGCGGCUGAGUCAUUUCCAUGGAAAAAACUUUAUUCCAACCGUUUUUCUCAACUGUUGCUGCAUAAGCCUGGAGAAGGACUUCUACUCAAUCUCCUUGCAUCAUUUUUAUCACCCUUGAGAUGGGGAAUUAGCAAAUUUGUUGAAAGUUACAUAAAGCAAAAACAUCCGAUGAAGAAAUAUGGGAUGAUACCAAAUCAUAGCUUCCUACAAGAGAUGAAUUCUUGUUCAGUGGCAACAAUCCCAAAUGGUUUCUAUGAAAAUGUUGAGAAAGGAAGUAUUAUUUUGAAAAGAUCCCAAUCUUUUAGCUUUGACAAAAAAGGUGUUCUACUUCACUACAAUACUCAUCCUCCAAUGGAAGCUAUUAUGUGUGAUUUGGUCAUUUUUGCUACUGGAUUUAAGGGAGAUCUCAAGCUCCAAAACAUUUUUGCUUCUCCUUUUUUCCAAGAUCUUAUCAUUGGUUGCCCUGAUAACACCAUUCCUUUGUACAGGGAAUGUGUUCAUCCUAAAAUUCCACAACUAGCCGUGAUUGGAUAUUCUGAAAGUGGUGGAAAUUUAUUCACUUCAGAGAUAAGGUGCCGUUGGUUAUUCGAAUUACUUGAUGGAAAAUUCAAAUUACCGAACAUUCUAGAAAUGGAGAAAGAUGUUCUAGAAUGGGAUCAGUUUAUGAAGAGAUACUCUGGCAAAUACUUCAGGAAAUCUUGCAUGGGUGCAUUGCAUAUUUGGUACUAUGAUCAGCUUUGCAAGGACAUGGGCUUGAGCCCUUGGAGGAAGAAUAGUCUUUGGGCUGAGUUGUUCCAACCUUAUGGCCCAAUGGACUAUGCUUAA